CAGCACGGGCGAGGGAUCUAGUUAAUUUAUUUCUAUGCUCACAACAAGUUAGCUAACACAAGCUAGCUAACAAUAACAGUGUUUAUUAUAGCGUGUUUAAACCGGUUUAAACUGUUUAGAGUUAAGAGUAAAUUAAACUUCUGUGACGUUUAGUGUAUACUAAACCCUAAAGAUAAAAUCUGGGUUAACGGAGCAGAGAGGAAAUCCCGGCGGAUUGGUCUUUUGUUUGUCAGAAAAUCCAGUGAAAACACAGGUGGUAGGUCUGCCAGCAGAUCCAGUUUCUGAUACAUGAUGGAGACACAAGGACAUCAGAGUUUCCCUGAGAUGGGACCAUCAGCUCCAUGCAGUAAACACAUGUUAGACAGCUACAGGUGUUCUCAGUGCAAUCAGGUUUUCUCUAAGCCACUGGAUCUAAAAAAACACUUUAAAAAUGAACACAAAGACCACGAGUCCAGAGGCCCAUUCACCUGCUUGGAGUGCCACUGUCAGUUCAGCUGCUCGAACCAUCGGGACUACCGGGAUCACCUGGUGUCGACACACGGUCUGAAGCUCAUCCCCUGCUCCGAAAGCUCCUGUAAAUCAUCAUUUCUCACACAAGGAGACAUGGAAAAGCACCGCAGAAGCCACAUGCCAUUUGGGUGCUUUCACUGUCAGUUUGUCUCUCAAAAUGCAAAAAACAUGAAAGUGCAUCUGUUGGAACACAACCAUCUGGCCAAGAACAGCCCAGGAAACGGGACUGAGUCGACAUCCAGGAAACGUCUGAGAACGUCAGUAGAAAACAACAUCUCUUCAUCACCACAUGCAGCUCCUCUGCCAUCCAAAGAGUACCUUGCUGAGGGGACUGAGAACACUUAUCGCACCCACACCUGCCCCAAAUGUCGCCGCUGCUUCAAGAUGCGCUCUCACCUGCAGGAACAUCUGCGUCUACACUUCCCCGACCCCAGCCUCCAGUGUCCCACCUGCAACCGCUUCUUCACCAGUAAGAGCAAGCUGCGCUUGCACAGACUCCGCGAGGCUGGUGAGAAGACCCAUCGCUGCCAUUUGUGUGACUAUUCUGCUGUGGAGAGGAACGCCAUCCGCCGCCAUGUUGCCAGCGUGCAUUCAGUGGAUUCAGAGGACACCAUGAAAAGUCAGAGCUUCCUCUGUCCAACGUGUGGUCAAAGUUUUCACCAGAGCAGGGCCCUAAAGGCUCACAUGAAGACACACAACGUCCUGUCAGACUGCACACCGUUGGACUGUUUCCAGGAAGGUUGUGCUUUCCAAAGUUCUGUUCGUAGAGAUCUUCUCAAACACGCCUCUGAGGUGCACGGCAUCAAAGCGGCAGAGUGUCGUCACCACGCCUGUGGCGCCGUGUUUAGGUGCCACGAGGACAUGGAGGCUCAUUAUCGAACUCACCUGGCCUACCACUGCUCGGACUGCCGCUUCGCCUGCUCUAAUAAAUCCCUCUUCCUGCAGCACCGGAGACUCGGCCACUCUGGAAACGAGAGGCUUUGCUGUGACUUCUGCCCCUUUGACACCUUUAACCCCAUGGAGUUUGAGCAGCACGUUGGACAUUUACACGCCAACGAGAAGAUCCACCGCUGUUCUCAGUGCAGCUUCGUCACCUCACAUAAGCGUGGAUUGAAGAGACACGUGUUGAUGCACAGCAGUGAGAAGCCCCACAAGUGCAGCCUCUGUGAUUUCAGGUGCAGAGACGAGUCCUACCUCUCUAAACACAUGCUGACCCACGAGGACGAGAAGAACUUUAUGUGUGCUGAAUGUGGUUACGUCACCAAGUGGAAACACUAUCUCACCGUCCACAUGAGGAAACAUGCAGGAGAUCUCAGGUAUUCGUGUGAUCAGUGCUCCUAUCAGUGUCACCGCAUGGACCAACUAAAGAGCCACAAAUUACGGCAUCAAGCUGAAUCGCUCAUCUGUGAGAUCUGCGCUUACGCCUGCAAGCGCAAAUGCGAGCUUCGCAACCACAUGCUGGCCAAACACUGUGGACAGGAGAAGACGCGCGCUGCCUUUAGGUGUAAAUACUGUACGUACACGACCUGCUACCGGCAAGCACUGCAGAACCACGAGAACUGCAAACACACCAAGCUGAAGGAGUUUCACUGUGCCCUCUGUGUCUAUUCGUCCUUCAGCAGCAUCAGCCUCUUCCUGCACAAGAGGAAAGUCCACGGGUAUGUCCCCGGGGACAAGGCAUGGCUGGAGAACUACGCAGCAAAGGAAAAGGAGCGGAGUUCUGCCAAGUUCAUGCAGGGUUUUUAUGUGAAAUCGUCUGUAGAUCAUAAACUCCCUGAACAGCCCACCUGUGGAUCCGAAGCUCAGCUCAUCUCAGCUGCCGCUGGACGAGCUGGGAAUUUUGUUUUUGAUGGUUCUCAGGAUGUUGUGAGUGAAAGCGCUGUACCGUACUGUACCCUUGUGCUGACCACACUAACAACUGCUGAAGACCAAACAGAAGUUUCACAAACGGAGGAUGCAAACUGCAAAAGUGUUUCAUCCUUGGAUAGCUGCAGACCCGAAAGAUCAGACCCAUCGAUGCUUGCAAGCUCGCUGGAGGAAGAGAACGUGCAAAGUGAAGAGAGUUUCACAAAUACAGAAGACCAGACACAUGAAGUGGAAAAUAAUGAUCAAAACCAGCUGCCAGAAGCAGAGAUUCGUCUGAAAGCUCUAAAGGAACUUGACAAGGAGCAAGCAGAAGCCAUGGUUCUAGAGGGGCGGGUCCGGAUGCUCGUGGUGCCGUCUGAAGAGGUUUACUGCUGUGACAAAUGCUCGUAUGUAACAUGCAAGGAGACUGCUCUGAGACAUCACCGCAGAGCUGUGUGCACUGGCAGGAUUAAGGCACAUGAGUGCCAGGCCUGCGGAGUGGAGUUCAAACAGAGACGAGGGCUCCAGUUCCACCUCAAGAAGUGUUCGGCGCUUCCACGCGAGACCAGAACGUCCACAGAUGUUUCAAAUCCACGUUUCACCCCAAGAGAACCUUCUGCUUCAGGAUCUGAGCGAGUGGAAGGAGGAGGACGUUCAGAUCAGGUUCCGACAGAAUGUCCCCCCACACCCACACAAAGGCUUUACGUUAAAGCAGGCGGGAGAUUCAGGUGCCAGCUGUGCAGCUUUUCCUCCCUGCAGCUACGGACAGUCAGACGACACCUGUCUACCUGCAGGGAAACGAAUCUGGAGCAUGUGGAUGAGAUUGGUGAAAGCAGUAAACUAGAUCAUCCACCAAAACGUUUGCAGUGCCAGCUCUGCGUCUUCAGCUGUAGACAGCAGCGAUCCAUGAAGCAUCAUUUAUCACUUAAGCACAAAGGUUCUGGGCCUCAUCGCUGCCGGUUCUGCCCCUUCGGCACCACGAGGCGCUACCGCCUGGAGGAGCACGAAUCUCUGCACACGGGAGUUGGCCGUCACAGCUGUGACACGUGCAACAAGACCUUUGGUGCCAUGUCCAAACUGCGUCAGCACAAGAAGCGGGUCCACGACAAGCAGCCGUCAUACUCCUGCUCCCGGUGCGACUUCGGAGGCUGCACGCUGGACGAUGUCCAACGACACCACCGCAGAUGUCACACCGGGGAGUUGCAGGAUGUUUGCACUCAUUGUGACUCUCGGUUUAGUUCUGAGAUCGCUUUGAGAAACCACUGCAAGCGUGUGCAUCAGCUCCAGGCCCGGUUCUCAUGCAAGAAAUGUGACUUCACCUGUAGCAGUGACGUGGUUCUGAAGAACCACCAACUGGACAGACACCCCGAGGUGAAUUGCACCACCUGCCAGGAAUCCUUCGAGACAAAGGAAUGCCUCGAGGUCCACCAAAGAACUCACCUGCCUCAUCGGUGUCAGUGCUGCUGCUUCACAGCCAAAACCCGGCAGCUGUUGGCCCAGCACCUCCUGAGUGAACACGAGGAGGGGCCUUCGGAGGACAAACCUCUCAGGUGCAGCGUUUGUCAGUUCGCUUGUCGGCAUCGGCUGGUUCUGGAGCAGCACCUGCGCUCACAUGGAACCAAGCGCUUGUACAAAUGCACGGACUGCGAGUACGAGACCCGAAACAAGCAGAAGAUCACGUGGCACAUUCGUAUUCACACAGGAGAGAAACCGUACGGUUGUGAGAGGUGCAGCUACGCGUGCUCGGAUCCCUUUAGGUUAAAGCUUCACAUGAGAGUUCACCAAGAAGAGAAGAAGUACCUCUGUCCAGAGUGUGGCUACAAGUGCAAGUGGGCGACUCAGCUGAAGUACCACAUGACCAAGCACACAGGAGAGAAACCGUACGGAUGUGAUGAGUGUGAAUACCGGACCAACAGAGCGGACGUCCUCCGGGUGCACCGGGACACACAGCACUGCCAGACGCGUCUCUAUAUCUGCGAGAAAUGUGGCAAAGCCUUCAAGACAAGUUUCGUGCUGAAGACCCACCAGCGGGAGCACAGCGACGACCGGCCGUACGCGUGUGGACUCUGUCAGAAGUCCUUCCGAUGGCCGGCGGGUCUCAGGCAUCACUACCUGUCCCACACCAAGCAGCAGCCUUUCAGCUGCUGCCACUGCUCCUACAGAGCCAAGCAGAAGUUCCAGGUGGUGAAGCACCUGCGGAGGCACCAUCCAGAGGCGUCGGUGGAGCUGGGAGUGCGGAGAGAUCCUGAGGGUGGUGGUCUCACGCUGAAAGAGGCUCUGCAGGGGACGCUAGGAAAGGAAGCAUCGCAAGGAGCAGCCAAUGAGGACGGAGACAUUCGUGAGUGUGCGGCAGCGAUGUAAACUUCAGAGAGACGGUCGGGCUCUCCGGGUCCCCAUCAGCCACCUCCUCCUCAUCACUGGCUUCAUAUGCCAGAGUUUCAUCGAGACGCGUUUCCAGACCGCCACUUUUCUUGGCUUUGAGUAAAAUCUUCCCCCUCAGUUGCUGUAAAACACACAGAGCGAGAGAGAGCUGUCGGUUGUCCACAGCAAAGCAACAGGAGGUGCUCCGUCUUGUUGCUCCUAACUAAAUGCUGCACUGCAACAUUAUUGACUAAACCUGCACAGGACUCCGCAUCGCUCCAAGUUAACAUUGAUUAUUUUAAGUGCUCUGAUGGAGAAGAGCCUCUGAAUGAUGUUAGUGCUUUUAGCAUAAAUCUUUAAAAUAUCCAAUAUACUGAAGUUCACCUGCUAUUUUUAAAGAGGUUUAUGAGUGAAUGCAGUAGAACCACGAAUGAUCAAAUGUUUCUGGGAAUGUUCAAAAUAAAUAGAUAUUAGCUUUUUUUCUUGUUUACUUACAUUAUUUUAAUUUUACUUUACAACAUUUGGUUUAUCCUGUAAUAAACAAUAAACACGAUCUAUCUGUCUGUC